AUCAGUUCGAGAUGACCCAAAGGUUGGAUGCAAAAGGGAUCUUCGUUGACAUCGGCAAGUGGGAUGAUGGAUCCGACCAUGAUGGUAUAUCAAAGAUAUAUAUAGGAUGUGGAAUUAAAGGCGUACGUUGUAUUUAUUUCGACUACGUCAAGAGUGGAAAAUCAAUAGAAGGAUCAUGCCAUGGUACGCAGGUUCCUAUGGUUGAGAUUAACCUUCUAGAAAAUGAACAUCUUGAAUCUGUAAGUGGUACUUACUACGAGACUGAAGGUAUUUAUUCACUUGAAUUCAAAAGUAACUUGAAGACUAUUGGACCUAUAAUGCCUAUGCCUAUGCGAAAUGAAAGUGUACCGGAGGGAUCUAAGGCUUUUACACUAGCAGUCAAAGGGAAGAAGAUCACUGGGUUUCACGGUUCUAAAACUUAUCCGGUCAACUCUCUUGGAGCAUAUUUCAAUUGGAUAACUCCAACUAGAGUGGAAGCAAAGGGCGGAAAGGGAGGCAAAGCGUGGGAUGAUGGAUAUGAGCAUGAAGAUGUAUCAACGAUUAAUGUGCGAGGUGGUUAUGGAGGCAUACAAUCCAUCCAGUUUAACUAUGUAAGGAAUGGAGUUGUGAAAAGAGGGCCACUCCGUGGUAUCUCUAGUGGAGGUUACCCAGUGACGUAUGAGAUUAACUAUCUCAACGAUGAAUAUUUAGUGUCUCUUGAGGGUUACUAUGAUGAGGGUUCAAGAGUCAUUCAAGGGAUUCAGUUCAGAACUAACACGAGGACAUUUGAGAUGAUGGGAUAUGCCAAGGGUACUGGUAGGAAGUUUACACUUGCAGCCAAUGGAAAUAAGAUAACUGGGUUUCAUGGAUAUGCAGACAAGAGGGCGCUUAUCUCUAUUGGAGCAUAUUUCACGACGACUCCUUGUAAACUGGAAGGCGUUAGUGAUCCUAAAGAGGGAUUAAGUUGGGAUGAUGGUGCUGCUUAUGAUGGCAUAAGAUAGGUGAUCGUUGAUGCAUUUGCUACUUAUGUACAUUGUAUCAGGUUCGAGUACGAGAACAGAGGCAAAGUAAUUAAGACUAAUCUCCGGGGAAACGUUGGAAGAGAAGAAGAGUUUGUGAUUGAUUAUCCAAAUGAAUUUAUCACGUCUGUGGAGGUGUCAAUAGAAAGAGGCUUGAUAACGUCUUUGACAAUCAAAACAUCAAAAGGGAGAACAUCUCCGACAUUUGGAGAUGUGAGUUCUGGAACCAGAUUCGUGCUGGAGAAACCAGGGAAUAUCCUUGUUGGGUUCCAUGGAAAGGCAGGUUCUGGUCUUCGUGGUCUUGGAGCAUACUAUCGCCCGUUGCCUCCUCCUCCUGAUACGGAGAAACUAGAAGAAGAAGGUGGCGAUGGAGGAGACUACUGGGACGACGGUGGUUCUUUCAACUGUAUUGGAAAGAUAUACAUUGGACUAACCGAAAACGCUAUAGCUUUUGUCAAGUUUAUGUAUGUCCAAAACGAUGGUCGUAUAGUCUUCGGUGAUGAUCAUGGGAGCAAGACCCUAUCUGAUAUCCAAGAGUUCACAAUAGGUGAUCCUGCGGAAUAUCUCACAUCAGUGGAGGGUGAGUAUGAUGAUAAAUCUGGAGUUAUAACCAUGCUUAGGUUCAUUACCAACAACAACUCCAGGGUUUUUGGAUUCAGUUCAACAUCAAGCUUCACACUCCAUAAGAGUGGACACCAGAUCGUUGGGUUCCAUGGGAGAUCCAGUAACAUGCUUCAUCAACUCGGGGUCCAUGUUCUUCCCAUCAACUCUAAUUAAGUUCUUUAAUGAUCUCUUUACCUCUUGCACUACUCGGCUUAGUGUAUACAAUGUUGUUUUGUGUGUCUUCCAACAAUCCUCAUUUAAUAAGACAACUUUUUCU